UUAGUUUCUAAUAACAACAAUGAGGCUUGUCCUCUUAUACUAUUUUUUGUGUUUAGCAAUUUUAGCAGCAUCUCAAGAUGCUGCUAAUGAUAUUAAGUCGGCUAAAGGCAAAGAAAUAAAUUUUCAGUCUUCAUCCAUUAUGAAUAUAAGUACAAUUGAAGAUUUCAAGAUCAAGGAGAAUUCAUUGAAUAAGCUGUGGCAGUAGAUUAUGAAGUUGGUGAUGAAUCAAAGAUAUGCUUCUCUAACCCAUGCUAUGAUUUAGCAUCUUAUAGUUUGUUCCCCGAUCCAUAUGAUCGUACAAAAUUUUAUUGGUGUAAUGCUGAUAGAGUGCCUAUACCUAAAUCAUGUCCUCCAAGGAUGGGAUUCGACAUAGCAAUGGGAGCAUGCAUAAAAAUAUCAGAUCCCGACUGUCCAGUCUGCAUGGAGGAUGGAACUUAUACGACAUUAGAUGUAGGUAACGAUUAUGAAUUUUGUGUAUGCAUCAAUGGUAUAGCUACCAAAAUCGAAUGUCCCAAGGAUUCUCCCUUUAAUCCAGAUUUAGGCAUAUGUUAUUCGAAUGCUCCCUGUGAUCCCAGUUUCUGUUUGAAUAACAAAGACUAUGAGGUGGCGGAAAAUCGCAAUGAUACCAAGAGUUUCUGUAUGUGUAUUGAUGAAAAACCAAUUAUUGUCAAUUGUCCCAAUGACAGUACAUUCAAUCCAUAUAUCAAAAAAUGUUCGGAAUAUGAAAUUUCGCCCAAAUGUUUACAAUCCGUAUGUGUGGAUCCCAAAAAUAAUUUAAAAGUAUUUAAUCCCAUCGAUCCUAAAACGAGUAAUGGUGUAUGUGUUUGCAGGCAACAAAUGGCCACAUUUAGUCCCUGUAACAAUGGUACUAUAUUAAAUCCUAAUCUAACUAUAUGUCAAUUGGCAGAGAUUAAUUGUAAUUCUUAUCAGUGUCGCGAUUUACCAGAUAAAACCAAAAUACCAGCUUUGAACACAACCGAUGGCUAUUGUGAAUGUGUUAAGGGUAUUGCCACCUAUUAUAAUUGUCCACAGAAUGGUGAAUUUAAUGUAAUUACCGAAAAAUGCGAGGCACCAAUUUGUGAUUUAACAGAAUGUAAAACCCCAGGACAACGUAUACCAGCCUCAAAUACCACCGAUGGUUUUUGCGACUGUACUACUGGCAGCUAUGCACCUUGUCCUGAUGGUGAAAAAUUUGGUAAAUUCGGUCUUUGCAAGCCGCCAUGUAUCGAUCUAUUAUGUAGUGGCAAACCAGAUCAGUAUCUCAUACCAUCUUCCGUUAAUGAUCAUAGUUUCUGUAUGUGCCAUACGACGCAAGUUGGAACGCAGACCGCAAGUUAUGAGAAAUGUAAUCCUACAAGUUAUUUAUUCGAUGAAACCAAACAAAUGUGUGUGGCAAAUAGUGGGAAAUUAUGCGGUACUGAUGUAUGUGGCGCUGAUCUGGGACCCAAACCAGCUAAAGAUAAUUCAAAUGGUUUCUGUUUGUGUACAAAACCAGGUGAUAAACCUGUAUUUAAGGAAUGUUUGGAAGGCAUUUAUGAUGACAGCAUAAAAGCAUGCUUAAAAACAACAACAGAAGAUGUUUGUGAUUUUACAAAAUGUAAUUUUCCCAACCAACGGAUAGCAGCCUCGAAUACAACCGAUGGUUAUUGUGAUUGUACGAUGGGCUAUGUAUCUUGUCCUGAAGGCACGAAAUUCGGAAAAUAUCUAAUGUGUAUGGAGCCAUGUACACCUGAAUUGUGUACUAGGAAGGAGAAUAAUUAUGUUAUAGAGUCGACUGUGAAUGACCAAAGCUUUUGUGUUUGCCAAACGAUAGCCACUUAUGAGGAGUGUGAACCUAAAGGAUUUAUUUUUGAUAAAACCCAAGGAACAUGUGUACCAAAUUCAGAGGUGC